AUGAGCUCAAUACAAGAACGUUUGCAACUAAAACGCGUGCCUUUAGACACAUGGAACACAAGAGAACAAUUAUGUCUUGCAUCCGCUGUCGUCCGAAGCGGUGAUCAAAAUUGGAUGUCUGUUUCGCGGGCGCUAAAAACUAUAGCCGAACCGAACAGACCACAAGACUGGUAUUCACAGAAGAGUUGUGCUGUUCAGUAUGGGGCGUUAUUGGAGCAUGUGGAUACUCCUAAACGAAAGAAGAGAAAUUCUGAAGGUGGAGUGGAAACACCGCAAGAGAGCAUUCUUAAAAGACUCACCGAGCAGAGGUUACAGGAAAUCCAGAAGAAUAUAGCAGAGAUGAAUUCACAAUAUGAACAGUUAAAGAAUGAAAUUAACGAAGUGAGAAACCCAGCAACGUCAGAACAAAGACUACAAGAGAUGUGGGCGGAUAUAGAGGCAUCAAAACGCGCCAGAGAGAGAGAGAAUGCACGGCGAGUUGCCUGGUUGAAAGAGCGAGAGGAGAAUAGGCUGAAGGCUGAGAAGGCGUGGCGACCUCAUACCGUGACGUCACCCGUACAAGCAUCAUCACCUAGUCCUUCGUCUCCUCUAUUGUCAUCAUUAUUGAAGUCAACACCGGUUGUAACAACGCCUCAGCAUAUUCUACACCCUAACAGUUCUAUAGAGACGAUCUCUCCAAGCGCCGGUGCGCCGACACUAUCUUCGCUUCUUGAGCAACCCCAGGAUACCAAACACGCGGCCAUUGAGCACAUAAAGAGUCAAUUGGUACAGAUAGAGCACCAGCUAAAAGCAAGCACGAGCGGUUCACCAAUACCUGCGACAGUACCUCCACCUAUAACCGCUGUCGCGCCCGCUUCCGCUCCAGCUGUGGACAUAGACGAUAUUGAAAUUAAGGCGGAAGAUGUCUACGCGUUUCGAGAUAUAGACAUACAUAUACCACCAGUCGCUGCUAUGCACAAGGGACCUAGAAGUGAAAAACAGUUUAAGAAGGAAGAAGACCACGCUGUUGAGGCUCCAGCGAUUACACCCGAGGAAAAGAUAGAAACGGAGAUUCAUGUUGGCGAAGGAAACCUGCAAAAUGUUGAAACGACCCACGACGUUGAUGUGGUAGAGUCUAUGGAGAUAGAGACCGCACCCGAGGUGGAGGAAGAAGUAACACAGGAGACGGAAGUACCGAAAGCGCCGGAAGUGAAAAUCGCCUUCCCGGAAGUGAAGUUUCCGACGACGGAAAUUAAAGUUAUCGAAUCUGAUGAUGUGCAGAUCAAAGAAGAAAUGCAACCGAAAAUUGAACAAGCACAAAAAGAGAUAGUAGAAGUAGAAAAAACGGAGAAGACAGAGAUAGAAGUCGUAAGAGAUGCGGUUCCUGUUGCCAUGCCGCAGGAGGAAAUAGUGGAAGAGCCAGAACCAAUUCAGCCUGUAGAAGUGGAGGACCAAAAGGUAGAUGAGCCUGCACCAGAAACGCCAGACACAACCAUUCAAGAGGUGGCAACGAAUAUACAAACAGAAGACAUACCCCUGCCUCCCGAGUCGCCACAAAAGGAAGCAGCAAAUGAAAUUGAAGCGACUGAAACGGAAGCAGCAAAAUCUCCUGAACCAGAAAUAGUAAAAGAAGAAGUAGCCGCAGAGGUGGAGGAUAUACCGCUGCCGGAAGUUGAAGUCAAAAUGGAAAAGCAAGAAGAAGAGAUGAAAGAUGAAGACGCUGAUAUGGGGGACUCCAUCCCGUUGAAAGAGAUUAAAGAAGAGAUUUUGCAAGAGAAAGAGAUUUUAGAAGAGGCACACACGGAGACGGAUGACGACACUCCAAUGGAGCUAAGUAGAGAAGAAGAGAAAGAUGGAAAGACGAAAAGAGAUUACUCGAGGAAGAAGAAACCGGAUUCUAGGACAUGUUCGGGCUCCGAAAGUGCACCAGAUUCACCAAGUUCGAGCGAAGCCGAGCGGCAGCACAGGUUGUGGAAGAAGAGCGUUAUGCUCGUGUACAGCAGGUUGUGCGCACACAAGUACGCGUCAUUAUUCCUUCGGCCUAUCACGGACGAGGAGGCGCCCGGUUACAGCGCUAUUGUGAAGCGGCCUAUGGAUCUCUCCACUAUACGGAAGAAUAUUGAUGCCGGACAUAUUAGGACAACAGCUCAAUUCCAGCGAGACGUGCUGUUGAUGUUGUCGAAUGCUCUGAUGUACAACAGCAGUUCACAUAGCGUAUACACCAUGGCCAAGGAUAUGUUCGAAGAGGCUCAAUGUCAACUCGGUAUGCUGUUAGCAGCGCAAGCGCACGCCGGGUUGGUGACGGCGGCUGCCCCGCCCACUCGCAAGCGACGUCCGCAAUCAACCAAUCCGAAUUCACCAUCCCAGUUCAAGUCGCAGCGGAUAUAG